AAAACCCGGCAAAAUUUUCAAUCCAGAAGGAAAUAAAAGCUGGGAAAUUUUUCACUUUAAGCUCCUGCAUGUAACUUCACGCCAUCUCUCCUUGAACACUUUGUUUAUACUCUCAAACUUUCUUCUUUAUAUAACUGGAACAGCAAGAACAAUAAAACUUCUCUCUUCACCAACUCUUUUUUUUCGUAUGAUAUGGCUAGGUACAGGCCUGAUGAUGAGUAUGAUUACUUGUUCAAGCUUGUCUUGAUUGGUGAUUCAGGUGUAGGUAAGUCCAACUUGCUUUCCAGGUUUAUCAAAAACGAGUUUAAUCUCGAGUCUAAGUCUACUAUUGGUGUUGAGUUCGCUACCAAAAGUUUGAAAAUUGAUGGUAAGGUCGUCAAGGCUCAGAUUUGGGACACUGCUGGCCAAGAAAGGUACCGUGCCAUUACAAAUGCUUAUUAUCGAGGUGCUGUUGGUGCUUUACUUGUCUAUGAUGUAACACAAGUUUUCACCUUUAGGAACGUUGGCAGGUGGUUGAAGGAGUUGAGAGAGCAUACUGACCCCAACAUUGUUGUCAUGCUGAUCGGUAACAAGUCGGAUCUGCGACACCUUGUAUCUGUCUCUACUGAUGACGGUAAAGCUUUUGCUGAGGAGGAGUCUGUAUAUUUCAUGGAAGCAUCAGCAUUAGAUGCAACCAAUGUGGAAAAUGCUUUUACAGAAGUAAUUAAUCAGAUAUACAAGGUUUUUAGCAAGAGGGCAGUUGAGGCAGGCAGUGAUGGAUCUACAUCAACUCUUCCAUCAAAAGGAGAGACGAUAAAUGUCAACGAGGAAUCUUCCAUUUUAAAGAGAAUUGGAUGCUGCUCAAACUAGCCUCUAUGCUGUUACAUUGCCAGGUAUGACCGUAUUAUGCAAUUUGCUUGUACCGAUCACAGGUAAUCUUCAUGUACGGAGAAAAACUAGUUUAUCCGGUUUGGAAAAUUUCCUGUGAAAAUGGUUUCAAUUGUCUCUAAUAAUCUAAUAUUUCGGUGGAAUACAUUCCCAAGUUUCAAGCUCUA